CUUCGAGAAUACCGACGGACGAAAGUGAAAAUUGUAAAAUAUUGCGGCUUAGUUGAACGUACGACGCAAGUAGAUUAUAGAUUAGUAACCGCGAAAGAGAAACAGAAACGUAGAAAGAGUCGACUAGACGUUUUUUUCGGUGAUCGACAGCAGAAAAUUGGAUCGAUAGCCGGAUAGACGUGUUUAUUGGCUCUGACGGCCAUAACUACGCGAUAAUGACGCGCAUUAUAUUCGCGGCCCGUGCGUCAUAAGGCUUCGACUGUAGACGGCGGCGGUGACAUCAAUUUAGAGACUGUCCAACGCAGCUAAAUCUAAUUAUUUAACGAGCCGCUGGCCGUAAUGCGCCUCGAGCGCGUACGCGAAAUCGUGUGGAAGAAGGCGACGGCCACCUCCGGAGCGUGUGUUCCUCCUCUGUCGUUCCCACGGCUAUCGACCGUUUAGUGCAGUGUUGAUCGUUAGUGCAUCGGUGGUGUUUGACAGUUUUAUGCUGCCUUUGUGCUCUUGGAAACGCACGCCAGGUCUGUUGGGUACCGAAAUGUAUCUUGGAUAAUUAAGACGCUUCCGACAUUCGCGAGACAAACCAAAGAGAUUUGUGAUAGUCAGUGACUGAGUGAAGAGACUCUUGGCAUAAUCCAAAGGGGUUUGACAGAGGAAAAAAAUGAGACCGGUAGUGAAAACAGCAAGACCGUGUGUUCCUGGUGAUCGAAUUGGUUAGUAGUGAUCAGUGAAAGCCAAUCAUGUUUACGAUGAUCGAACCGAGGAGUGACAGGGUGGCCAACACCCAGACGAAACAUCACUGUUACCAAGUGAUCAGGACCACUAGGGUGCACCAGAGUUCCAGAAGCUCGAGGAUGGUUACCGUUCAGGAGAAGGUGAUCAGAUCGCGGCUACAGUUGGGCUAUUCCACGCCUACCAACUUCAUCAACCGUUUCCCGCAGAAGAUGGAGAGGCCGUCGCAGCACGCGGCGAGCGUGAACCAGGUGCACGGCGGCGGUAUGCACGGCGUGUACUCGUCGGGCAGCCAAACGUCCCUGACGACGUCCUACAUCACUGGCCAGUCGUACGUUCAGAACCAGAACUACGCGCACGGCCCGUACAACUCCACGCCGAACGUGAGAGUGUACGCUCACGCCGGCUACAAUCAGCCCCAGAGUUACGGCACCAUAGUGCAGGGCUACGGUGGCCAGCCACAGGCCUCAGGAUAUCAGCAGAAUCAUCUUAAAAAAGGACCUGUACGUAACGGAGACGUGCUGAAGAGAUGCCGGCUGCAGAAUGCAUACGAAUUGUCGCAAGACCUGCUGGACAAGCAGAUCGAGAUGCUGGAACGGAAGUACGGCGGCGUGAAGGCGAGAAACGCGGCGCUGACGAUUCAGCGAGCCUUCAGGAGAUACACGCUGCUGAAGAAAUUCGCGGCGAUCACCGCGAUGGCCAAGGCUGAGAAACGUCUCAGCAGGAAGCUCCAGGAAACGACGGAGAGAGCCGCCAGCGUGAACGAGCACGAGAGGAUGGUGUACCAUAGCCAGAUUUACAUACAACAGCCUCAGACGGCGAACAGGCCGAUGCCGAUCAGGAGCAUGUCCCUGAGGGAGAGGAGGCACGUGGAGAACUCGCAGUCGCCGAUACCGAGGAGCCAGAGCGGCAGGUGCGAGGCCCAGGUCGCUGGCCAUCAGCACGCCAAUCACAACGUGCACCAAAGUGGCAGGCACACGCCCUCUCUGGCGCCGAGUCCCUGCAACAGACACCAACAGUUACCGCCGAGCCCGUGCUGGGAGUCUAGCUCCCAGGAAAGCGGCUCCAGCAUGCACUAUUACAAUCCACAGGAGACAUUGUGCAGCAUCAGGCAAGAGACGCCGCCGCGGGAUCUGCUACGGACGCCGUGCACGUCACCGUCGACGCCCCACAAUCUUCAGACACAGGCGGUCCAGAACUGGAGUAACGCCGGCCAUCUUGGCUCCGCCGGCAGAACGAGGGGAUCAGCGAAAAAGGUGCCGCCGGAAGUGCCAAAAAGAACGUCUUCCAUUACGUCCAGAUCCAUGGAGCCGCGUCACAAUGGCCUCAGCAAAAGCGUCGAGAACGGUAGCCUAAGCUCGGUGCAGAGUUCUGGCAGCGAUUCCACUAAUUGCGAGAGCUCCGAGGGAGACGCCCAAAGAGGAUCACCUGUGUGGAAGCAUAAAGGAAUCUCAAGUUCGCCAGAACACCAGGAAUGCUCCAACCACACGACAGACUCGAACACCAUAAUGAACAGCGUGAAGGAUCUUGGUCACUCUCACGCCAGUUCCGGGUACCAGCUUCCUCUGAUGGACCAUCCGGAAAGUAUGCCGCAGACGAGCUACAAAGUGUCCGAGACAGUGAGGAAACGUCAGUACCGAGUUGGCCUAAAUCUGUUCAACAAGAAACCAGAAAGGGGGAUCAGUUACUUGAUCAGGCGAGGAUUCUUGGAGAACAGUCCUCAGGGUGUGGCGAGAUUUCUGAUCAGUAGGAAAGGCCUGUCGAAACAGAUGAUUGGGGAAUACCUAGGAAACCUUCAGAACCCCUUCAACAUGGCUGUGCUUGAAUGCUUCUCCCACGAACUGGAUCUGUCAGGAAUGCAAGUGGACGUCGCCUUGAGGAAGUUCCAGGCGUACUUCCGGAUGCCAGGCGAAGCACAGAAGAUAGAACGACUGAUGGAGGUGUUCAGCCAGCGUUAUUGCCACUGCAACCCGGACGUGGUGUCCAGGCUACGCUCGGCGGACACUGUCUUUGUACUGGCCUUCGCGAUAAUCAUGCUGAACACCGACCUGCACACGCCGAACCUAAAACCAGAGCGUCGAAUGAGGCUGGACGACUUUGUGAAAAAUCUCAGAGGCAUCGACGACUGCGGCGACAUCGACAGAGACAUAUUGGUUGGAAUUUACGAGAGGGUGAAGGAGAACGAGUUCAAACCUGGCUCGGAUCACGUUUCUCAAGUGAUGAAGGUUCAGGCGACGAUCGUUGGCAAGAAGCCCAACAUGGCCCUGCCUCAUAGAAGAUUAGUUUGCUAUUGUCGACUGUACGAGAUCCCAGACAUCCACAAGAAGGAGAGGCCGGGUGUACACCAACGAGAAGUAUUCCUCUUCAACGAUCUCCUCGUCGUGACGAAGAUUCUCAGCAAGAAGAAGAACAGCGUCACUUACACGUUCAGGCAGAGCUUCCCGUUGUGCGGGAUGGUGGUCACGCUGUUCGAAGUUCCUCAUUAUCCGUAUGGGAUUAGGCUCUCCCAGCGCGUGGAUGGAAAGGUGUUGGUCACGUUCAACGCGAGGAACGCGCACGACAGGUGCAAGUUCGUGGAGGAUCUCAGAGAGUCCAUCAGCGAAAUGGACGAGAUGGAAACCUUACGGAUUGAGACGGAACUAGAACGGCAAAAGAGCAGCAGAAGCGCCAGGGGUGGCGCUGAAAAUAGAGACUCUGGAGUGGCAGACGUCGAGAUAUGCCCUUGCCCGGGGCCCUGCCCCGAAAGAUCAGAAACCACUGACAUGGACACCCAAUUAAAGCGUUCUGCACUUAGUAAUUCCCUUCUGGACAUACACGAACAAUUUGCUGGUGAAAAACCACAACGACGUGGAAGCGUGGGCUCACUUGAUAGCGGUAUGUCGAUUUCUUUUCAAUCCACAUCUGCCAGCUCAAUGAGCCAAGGCAUUAAACACCCUGGACAAGUUCAUCCUAUACAUCCAGGGGCUACGAUCCCUGGCGGUGCUAAAGGACUGGCUCAGCAGCCAUCUUUUUUAGGAGGUCUGUUCGCCAAACGGGAACGAAAGCUUUCACAAUCGGAGGAGUCCGGCCCGUACAGUCGCACCACGGAAGUGUAAUAUAUCCUUCCGGUGCUACCUAAGAGAUAACAGGCCAAAUGGAACUCCCACGGAGAGGCACAUCCAUUAUAGCAGUAUCAAGCACACAGGAUAUGCUACUCAAAUUUUCAUGAGAAACUGUUCUUCAAAGUUACAUAUGCUCCAUGUAUUACGUACGGAUUUGUACGUAACGUCAAUAACUUCCAUUACAGUUAUAGCAUUGCAUAUAGAUCAUGUUUGCAAUGUUGAGAGAUACCAAACGGUUCCCUCGUGAAAAUUUGAACGUUGUAUCCUGCGUGUUUGAUACUGCCAAAAUAUAAAGUGACUCGAAUACUGUGGAUGCUCUUUGUCAGAUGGAAUACGUGAACCCUUUCGCUUCCCUACGGCUUUUAAGGAAACAAAAGGAACGCCGACUUUAUGCGUGAUUAAAGAGGCCAAUGCAUCUCGAAGACAAAGAAAUGGAAGACACGUUGUCAUCCCACAGCCAGAUGGAGCCUAGAAACGUCGCAACGCGAAGACGAAGAAAGGAAAAGUAACAAGAGGAGAGUAAGAAGAUAAAAUAGAAUAGGCAGUGUAAAUUUAUUGGGUUGGGCAGGAUCCAAUCGCGAUCACUCGAGGCAAAAAAAAAGAAGAAAAAAGAAGGAAAAGAAACAGAUUUGGCAAGAUAGCGAAUUGAAAUAGCCUCUAUUGACGCGCAUAUAUAGUAUUUAUUCAAUCCAAAAACGUCGGAGAAAAGAAACUUCGAUUCAUUUUUUUCUUACGGUAUUUAUAAUAAUUCCCAACAGAGGGUGACGUAACUCCCUCAACGCAUGUAGAUAAUCGUUCUGUUGGUUUCUUAGAAUUCCAUAAACCGAUUUUCAACGAAGAAAAAAACCAUGUGACUCGAUACAAAGUAUCUUCUUCACAUCUUACAAGAUAAAAAAAGAAAAAAAAAAAAAAGAAAACUGAACGGUUUAUGGAGAAAGAGUGGUUCUAGUGUAAUAUCGUGUUUUUUGCAAGUAUCGACAUAGUUAUACUUGAAGAAUUGUACAUAAUAGAUAUAUAAUGACAAUUGUAUGAUUACAAUGAUGAUAAUGAUAAUAACCCUGUAACAAAAAAAACAAAAAAAUGCAUCAUAGCCUAAGAAACCGAUAAGCAAUCCCCCUUUCAAUAUUAGAUGCAUGUCGAUGUCUAACAAGUUUUUAAUAUCACAUCAGUGAAAAAAAAUAAUAAUAAUAAAUCGUUUAAAGGUAGCAGUCUUUAUAAGUAUUAACACUUGGAAGAAAAAGGAAGUUGUAGAGAGGCGUUUUUCUGUUGUCACGGUACAUUCUCAUAAUCUUCUACAAAUUGUAGUUCUGCUUGUGUGUUCAGAGUUGAGCAUUUUUUUUUUUUUUUUUGGUCUAAAGCAGCGUACUAACGAGAAGAAUCAAUUAACCAAAUUAGUUGGUUUCUCGUCCGAUAGCGCGCGCGUAGCUAACUCACAGUGUCAUCUUAAACAAACGUUAUAAGGAGGAAGAGGACAACUUGUAUGCCUUAUAUACUGCCACAACUUAUCAUCCAGGAGAUGAGAAACUGACUAAUCGUCUUAAAGAUUAUUAGGGAGAUAGAGGAUCCCUUGAAGGUUGCAGAAUUACAUUUGGAAAAGUGAAGUAGAGCUUGUACAUAUAUACAUUACCAGCGAUCGCAAUACCAAU